AUGAGAUCCCUAAUCCUAGCUGUGCUCAUUGGAGUGGCUUUUGCAAUUGAGGAGGACAAGAUCGUCGGAGGGUAUGAGUGUCAGAAGCACUCCCAGGCCCACCAGGUGUCUCUGAACUCUGGCUACCACUUCUGUGGAGGCUCCCUGGUCAGCAAGGACUGGGUGGUGUCUGCUGCUCACUGCUACAAAUCCCGUAUUGAGGUGCGUCUGGGCGAGCACCACAUCAGGGUCACCGAGGGAACCGAGCAGUUCAUCUCGUCCUCCCGCGUCAUCCGUCACCCCGACUACAGCUCCUACAACAUCGACAACGACGUCAUGCUGAUCAAGCUGAGGACGCCCGCCACGCUGAACCAGUACGUGCAGCCUGUGGCCCUGCCCGCGGCCUGCGCUGCCGCUGGGACCAUGUGCACCGUGUCUGGUUGGGGAGACACCAUGAGCUCCACCGAUGACAGCGACAAGCUGCAGUGUCUGGACCUGCCCAUCCUCUCCGGAGAAGACUGUGACAACUCCUACCCUGGCAUGAUCACCCAGUCCAUGUUCUGCGCUGGCUACCUGGAGGGAGGCAAGGACUCCUGCCAGGGAGACUCCGGGGGGCCACUGGUGUGUGAUGGCGAGCUGCAGGGGGUCGUGUCCUGGGGCUAUGGGUGUGCGGAGAGGGAUUAUCCUGGAGUCUACGCCAAAGUUUGUCAGUUGAGCGACUGGCUGGAACACACCAUGAGAAACUAUUAAGUUUGACCACACAGUGUUUCCAUCCAUCUAUAAUAGACCAUUCUACCUCAAAAACACAAUUACUAUACCAAAACCAUGCUUGAUAUUUGAAAUAAAUACUUGUUAAUAAAUU